UGCGAAACAUUCGGUGCAAGGGCAGUGGCAUCACCUGGUAACACUGCUUUUAUUGACGACGUAGGAAAGUUGGAAAAUUGUCAAGUGAAAAAAAUUAAAAAGUGCCCGAAAGACUUUAAUUUGGCCAGCUAUCUUACCACUUGCAGCACACCAGCAAUGAACAUGUACAACGGACAGGUAAACGCCUACGGAGGUGGCGGCGGAGGAGGAGGCGGUGGCCUAGCCGGCGGCAUGGUCCCCAAUCGCAUGGGCGGCGGAGCUCCGGGGGGUGGACCCGGCGGUGCGGGCAUGUUUCAGCGCAACCGCUCGGCUCCCUAUCCCGGCUUCAAUGGACACGGACCCUCGAAUGGAGGUCAGCGCCGCAUGAACGGCGGCGGUGUUCCUGGCAUGGGCGGAGGACCCCGCAACCAGGAGGGAUUCGGUGGCCAGAACGGCCAACGCUCUUCCAACCACGGCGCACACUUGCCCAAGAUCGUGUGGUCCGAGGUGAAUCUCACACCAUUCCGCAAGAACUUCUACAAACCCUGUGAUUCGGUGCUGGCUCGCACUCCUGGGGAAACAGAGACCUUCCUAAGCAGCAACGAGAUCACCAUCAAGGGCGACCAGGUGCCCACCCCCAGCAUUGAGUUCGAGGAAGGCGGCUUCCCCGACUACGUGAUGAACGAGAUCCGCAAACAGGGCUUUGCCAAGCCCACGGCCAUCCAGGCUCAGGGUUGGCCCAUCGCAUUGAGUGGACGGGACCUGGUGGGCGUGGCCCAGACGGGAUCGGGCAAGACCCUGGCCUACGUACUGCCGGCGGUGGUGCACAUCAACAACCAGCCGCGCCUGGAGCGCGGUGAUGGACCCAUCGCCCUGGUGCUGGCUCCAAGGGAGUUAGCCCAGCAGAUCCAGCAGGUGGCCAUCGAGUUUGGCAGCAACACGCAUGUGCGCAACACCUGCAUCUUUGGCGGAGCGCCGAAGGGUCAGCAGGCGAGAGAUUUGGAGCGCGGCGUGGAGAUUGUGAUUGCCACACCGGGACGAUUGAUUGAUUUCCUCGAGCGCGGCACCACCUCGCUGAAGAGAUGCACCUACCUGGUGCUCGACGAGGCCGAUCGUAUGCUGGACAUGGGCUUCGAGCCGCAGAUCAGGAAGAUCAUGCAACAGAUCCGCCCGGACCGUCAGGUUCUGAUGUGGUCCGCCACUUGGCCCAAGGAGGUGCGCCAGCUGGCCGAGGAGUUCCUUAAUAACUAUAUCCAGGUGAACAUUGGAUCGUUGUCGCUGAGCGCCAACCACAACAUUCUGCAGAUCGUGGACGUGUGCGAUGAGAACGAGAAGCUGAUGAAGUUGAUCAAGCUGCUGACGGACAUUUCGGCGGAGAAUGAAACCAAGACGAUCAUCUUCGUGGAGACCAAGAAGCGCGUGGACGAGAUCACGCGCAACAUCUCCCGCCAGGGAUGGCGCGCCUGCGCCAUUCACGGCGACAAGUCGCAGCAGGAGCGCGACUUUGUGCUCUCGAGCUUCCGCAAUGGCCGGCACUCGAUCCUGGUGGCCACCGAUGUGGCUGCCCGCGGACUGGACGUUGACGAUGUCAAGUUUGUGAUCAACUAUGAUUAUCCUUCGAACUCGGAGGACUACGUGCAUCGCAUCGGGCGUACCGGAAGAUCCAAUAACACUGGCACGGCUUACACCUUGUUCACGCACUCCAAUGCCAACAAGGCGAAUGACCUGAUUCAGGUGCUGCGCGAGGCCAACCAGACCAUCAACCCCAAACUGAUGAACAUGGCCAUGAGCGGGGGCUACAACAAGCGCGGCGGCGGCAUGGGUGGCGGCUACCGCGGCGGCAACGGCUACCAGGGUCGCAACCAGCAGAUGGGCGGUGGCUACAACGGCGGCAACAACUACCGCAACAACAACGGCCCCGGUGGCAACAUGAACCGCAACGCUUUCAACGGCGGCGGCGCCGGAGGACCGCCUCGUUUCGACCAGAAGCCGCGCACCUCGCCACCGAAUCAGGGCGGCCAGGGAGGGGGAUACCGCGGCCAGGGAGGCGCUGGCGGUGGCUACCAGGGUCAGCAGCAACAGCAGCAGCAGCAGGGCGGUGUGCCCUUCUCGCGCUUCAACCCGAACGCCGCUUGCUUCGAGCCGAACAAACCACAGAAUGGACCGGGGCCCGUGCCGCCGCAGGCGCAGCACCAGCAGCAGCAGGCACAGGCCGCCCAGCAGCAGCAUCUGCUGCCCGACGCAUCCGUGCAGGCGGCGAUGACGGCGGCCAACUACGGGAUCGAUCAGAAGCGAUCGCGAUUCUCGCCGUACAACAUGAACUUCGCCAACAUGCCCCCGCCACCGAUGAACCAGCAGCAGGCGGCCCAGCAGCAGCAGCAGCUGCAGACCACGCAGCAACAGCAGCAGCAGCAGCAGUUGCAGACACCGCAGGCCUACGGCCAGUACUCGUCGAUGUCCUCCAGCAUGGCUACCGUGUCGCUGAACGGAGGCGCAGCGGCGGUGGCCAACUCCUACCGCGCCCAGUAUGCAGUGCCCACGCAGGCGGCUCCCUACAUGAUGGCGAACGGCGGCGAUAUCUUCGCCUAUCCGCCGCCGCCGCUGCCCGUGCAGAACUAGAGGCUCUAUGGCCCGAACGAGGCUACCAAAUUGUAGGUCCUGCUCUACUGUAAUUUCCUUUUCCCAACACACACACACGAACAUAACACGCACAUCCGUACACCAGCCGUAUUAAUUGUACACAGGUCACGAUUCACAAGUCCAGAGACUUCACAGGGAAGAUGUUUGAUGAGCGCUGUGGAUGUACGUUUCGUGUAGAUCUCCUCCGCCCACGUCUUAGCUAUAUAAUAUGGUUUAAUCUGGAAUCAAAUACGCUUUUAAUUUGAUAAAUCUCUUCGUUUCCCUACCCCCCCAAACCCCCCAACCUCCCCCCCAAAAAAAAAGAAGAAAACCCCAAUUUAGUUGAUAAGCUUUUGGUUUAGUCAAAUUGUUAGGGCAUUCGAGUGCCGAUCAUCGAUGUUGUUGGCAUUUAUCUUUCCAAAGCCCUGGGCGUAUUUGAUUUCUCUAUAUACAAUUCUCGAAUAUUGUAACUAUCUAUUCAUACACACACUGCAAAGGAAACGUUUGCAAUGCUCCAACCAAACCCAAGCCAAAAGAGAUUAGAUGCAAUCGGAUUACUAGGGAACACUAGAAGGGAAAACACUCCCGCGAAACACACUACUUUCACACUAUUGGACACACUCACACACACACAUGUACACACACAAGUACACCUAAGAAACAAAACAAUGUCAAUUUCUUGGAAUCAAAUGCGUAUAAUUAUGUCAUCUUUAAACCAUAUUAUGUGACUAGUCUAAUGAAUUGCUAGCUGGAUACUUUCAAACAAAUACAAAAUCAAGCAUACAAGCCACACAUCUAAUACUUUCAGAAAUAUAAAAUGCAGUUCCAUUUUAUGUGAGCCCAUAAGUAUGAAUUGAUUACAAGAUAUGAAUAAAGGAAUUAAUUAGAAGUUCAA